GUUGACAGAAAACCACGCCCAUUCACUCAUACCUGUACUAGGAAGUGAAUGGAUCGGAUGGAUUGUGCUUCCUUGGCUGGCACACUUCAAGGUUUGUCUCGUCCCAAUGUGAGCUGAAUCUGUGGCUCUUUUCAACAUGUUUUUGCCUCAUAAUCCUCACCUCUCUCACUGGCUCGCCACAUUCUUACUGCUCAAUUGCUGGAAAGCAGGUGGAGCUCACAAUGGGUCAGAGGUGAUGACCUCAAUGCAGCGGGCUAGCAUCCCACCCAUCGUGGUGAAGGAGGGGUCGAGCAUGCUGAUUACGUGUAACGUGACCGGGACCCAUGAUAAAAUCAGCUGGUACAACUCUAAAGGACCCCUGCAGGGUGACGACGCAGGUGGAAGGUGGCAGAUUCAAGAGGAAGGCAUCCUGAACAUCACCGAGGUCUUGUUUGAGGACCGUGGCAGCUACACCUGCGUUGCCUCGAGCGCCAGCGGCGGCACCCAAAACUACACGGUGACUCUUCGCGUUGCCUACUCUGACAGUGGCUUGGGGCUGCAUUUCGUCGUUGUGUGCCUGGUGGCCUUCACCAUCACCAUGAUCCUCAACGUGGCCCGCCUGUGCAUGGUCAGCAGCCACCUCAAGGAGAUGGAGAGGGUCAUCAAUGAGUUCUUCCGGACAGAGGGCACAGAGAAGCUGCAGAAGGCAUUCGAGGUUGCCAAGAGCAUCCCCAUUGUCACUUCAGCCAAGACGGUGGAGCUCGCCAAGGUCACGCAGUUCAAAACUAUGGAGUUUGCCCGUCACAUCGAGGAGCUGGCCCGCAGCGUGCCUUUGCCGCCACUCAUCCUAAACUGCCGGGCGGUGGUAGAGGAGACGGGGGAGACCAGGAACCCUGCGUCAGAACACAUAGAGUCGACUGUGGCGAAAGGGAACAGACAGAUUACUGCCCCCCCCAACCCCAACAAGGAUGGAGAGGAGCAGGCACUGCUUUCAAGCAAAGGGCAAAGGAAUGAUGGAGGUGGUGACUACGUCAAAGUGUAUGUCCAUACAACUUCUGAGAAGACCGUCAGUGAGGAUAGAGGACCCGCUGAUGUGCUCCCACCAGGCACACGAACAUCUGUGUGAUAUAAGUAAUGUGAAUCCCAUCAAAAACUAAUUUCUGAUUGCAAAUUAGUGAUCAAGAAAUUGUUAAAUUGUGCAGCUGAUUAUUAGAUAACAUUCUUAUCUCCUCCCUUUCUUAUUUAAUUGUGUCACCAAGUCUUGUAUUGAAACAUCUUGUUUAUGAUAAGUUAUGAAUUCAUCUGUGGACAUUAAAAUACUGUUUUCCUUCCUGCUUAAAACUGAA